UAUCGGGAUUGCAGGGACAGCCACCUCAAGCACACCCAAGUGGCUACCCUUUUCUGGCUGGAAGACUGGGAGGCACUUGACAGGCUUUCGGAUCCUUUCGGCUCCAACUAUCGCGAUUGCAUUUUAGCUGCUGUCAAUGCAGGAAUUGAUAUGGUGAUGGUGCCUUUUAGAUAUGAACUAUUUUUGGAAGGCAUGAUGCAUCUGGUGGAAUCAAGAGUGAUACCAUUGGCCAGGGUUGAUGACGCUGUUGAAAGAAUUUUGAGAGUGAAAUUUGUUGCUGGGAUUUUUGAAUAUCCCAUGGCUGAUAGGUCUCUGCUGGAUAUAGUUGGUUGUAAGGUGCACCGAGAACUAGCCCGUGAAGCAGUUCGCAAGUCCUUGGUCCUGCUAAAGAAUGGAAAGAAUCCAAGAAAACCAUUUCUUCCACUAGAUAGGAAUUCUAAGAAGAUUCUGGUUGCUGGGACACAUGCUGAUGAUCUUGGGUAUCAGUGUGGAGGGUGGACUGCUACUUGGGCUGGGACCAGUGGGAGAAUUACGAUUGGGACAACCAUUUUGGAUGCCAUCAAAGCAGUGGGGGACAAAACAGAAGUGGUGUUUGAGCCAAAUCCAUCACCAGAUACCUUUAUUGGUCAAGAUUUCUCUUUUGCCAUUGUAGCUGUUGGGGAAGAACCAUAUGCAGAAUCUGGAGGUGACAAUACUGAGCUGAUAAUUCCCUUGAAUGGAGCUGAACUUAUUAGCAUAGUUGCGGACAGAGCUCCCACAUUGGUGAUUCUCAUCUCUGGAAGGCCCUUAGUUAUUGAACCCUGGCUUUUGGAAAAGAUAGAUGCGCUGGUUGCUGCUUGGUUGCCUGGCAGUGAAGGAAAUGGAAUAACAGAUGCUAUAUUUGGAGAUUAUGAGUUCCAAGGCCGACUCCCAUUUGCUUGGCUUAGAAGUGUUAAGCAACUGCUUGUGCAUGCAGGAGACAACUUCUUUGACCCUCUGUUUCCCCUUGGCUUUGGUUUAACAAGCAACAACUUGAAGCUUUCGAGCUGAACAGUCAGGAAAGGAAGAUAUAUGGCAUGGCACCUUAUCAAAUUUUCAUGGGCAAAUAACUUUACUCUGUACUCAGGAAGUCAUCAGUGCAUGUUUACUCUCAGUUAUUAAAAACACACUGAAUUAGGGCAGCCACCUGUUCAUUAUCAAUUUUUAUAUUGCAUGGUGGCUUAUGUCAGGAUUUUGUAUAGUGUUCAUGAACUGUGAAUAAGGCCAAUGGCAUUACUUUUAUAUUAGCCAUUUUCUCAUCAAGAAAAUUAUUCUUGCUCUCCAUUUUAGUUUUAUCAGGUAGAAAGGUUUCCUUAGUAUAUCAAUCCUGAGGGAUGGGAUUACGUUAAUUGAUCCGAUAUACGAUGCAUCUUCUUUUUCCGCCCUUGUAUAUUCUUUUCUCUUAUAUAUUACAGGAGCUUCCGAAAGCGAUUAUCAAUAGAUCUCUGUGGCUCAGAACCAGAAGCGGUAUACUAAGAAUAAAAACUUCAGCAGCCUGAGUUAUGGCCCUCUAAGAUUUCUGGCAUCACUUGUUAAGAUGCCAUUACAGUUAACUUAUCCCUAAUAACAGGGAAAGAAUCAGAACAUUGGGUGCAAUAGAAGGAAAGGCGAUGGCCGAAAGAGCAAAUUCCCGGCGGUACCGAUAUGUGGUUGUGAUUGUAACUAGCAAGGCGGUAGAAUGAAUGUAUAGAAUAAAGUGGUGGGAGAGUUUUUUUUUUUUUUUUUAGUAUGCAAGUUGCAUGCAGAAAGGGUUCUACUU